UAUUUAAAAACAACAAUGCCUCAACUCACCGUUGAUUGUUUGGAUGAGAUUUUUGAACAUCUAGCUGAUGAUGAAUUUACUUUACGUUCAUGCAUUUUGGUAAAUCGACUUUGGUGCAAAGUUUCCAUAAGGAUUUUAUGGAGAAAUGCCUGGAAUUACAAUUUUUCAGAUUUUAGAACUUUAAUUGCUUGUCUCCCAAGCGAGUCGAAAAAAAUUUUAUCCAAUAAUAGAAUUAUGAUUUCAACCCCAACUUUAGAAAUUCCAACUUUCGAUUAUGCAUCAUUUUGUAAUAUUCUACCAGUUAAACGAACUUAUAAAAUGCUUGAAUUACUUAUUGGAAAACAAAUUGGAAACCAUUCCAUUUCUCCACAAAAUUUAUU